CAGGUUGGGCUGUGUGGUUCUUAACCAACUAGUAGUAGUCCAUACUCGGCCGUCGUACUCUUCUUGUGUUGUUGUUUUUAUUAUUUGUUUUCAGCAACUGCAAAGAUAUGCCUGGAAUUGACAAGCUGCCUAUUGAAGAAACGUUAGAGGAUAGUCCGCAGACACGAUCAUUGCUGGGUGUAUUUGAAGAAGAUGCUGCCGCUAUCUCCAGUUACUCCCAUCAGCUUCAUCAUGCAAUGCAGCGGAUAUACGAUGCACAGAAUGAACUGAGUGCCGCUACACACCUCACCUCAAAGCUGCUCAAAGAGUAUGACACUCGGCGUUUCCCACUAGGCAGUGACGAUGAAGUUAUGAGCUCCACUUUGCUGCAGUUUUCCAAAGUCAUAGAUGAGCUCAGCUCCUGCCAUGCAGUCCUGUCCACCCAGCUUGCUGAUGCAAUGAUGUUUCCGAUAACCCAAUUCAAAGAGAGAGAUCUGAAGGAGAUCUUGACAUUAAAGGAAGUUUUCCAGAUAUCAAGCAAUGAUCAUGAUGUGGCUAUCAACCGAUACAGUAGACUUUCAAAACGAAGGGAGAAUGAAAAGGUCAAGUCUGAAGUUAUGGAGGAUGUGUACACAUCUCGAAAGAAGCAACAUCAGACCAUGAUGCAUUACUUCACCGCACUAAAUGCACUUCAGUACAAGAAAAAAAUUGCACUUUUAGAGCCUCUUCUGGGAUAUAUGCAAGCACAGAUUAGUUUCUUUAAGCUUGGCUCAGAAAAUCUAACCCAACAGUGGGAAGACUUCCUUACGAACAUCGGAACCAGUGUGCAAAAUGUUCGCAGGGAAAUGGAGUCCGAGAUUGAAAUAAUGCAACAGACCAUCCAGGACUUGGAAGAAGCAAGUGAUCCUCUAUAUCCUCCAGAUCCAGAUUUAAACAAAAUUCCAGUCAACAGAAACCUGACCAGGAAGUCAGGGUACCUCAAUGCCCGCAAUAAGACUGGGCUGGUAUCUUCCACCUGGGAAAGGCAGUACUUCUUCACCCAGGGAGGAAAUCUAAUGAGCCAAGCACGUGGGGAUGUCGCAGGCGGUUUGGUGAUGGAUAUCGAUAACUGUUCCGUAAUGGCUACUGACUGUGAAGACAGAAGAUAUUGCUUCCAGAUUACAUCUUUUGAUGGCAAAAAAACUGUCAUUCUUCAAGCAGAAAGUAAAAAAGACUGUGAAGAGUGGAUUUCAACAAUCAACAACAUCUCUAAGCGAAUUUACCUCAGUGAAAAUCCAGAGGAAAUUGCAGCUCGGGUGAACCAGUCUGCUCUAGAUGCAAUCACUCCAUCACCAUCCUUCCAGCAACGACACGAGAGCCUGAGACCCACAGCACAAAGCCAUCUAAAAACUACUCGAAAAAGUAGUUCUGGAUCUUUGGUGACUGGACCAUCCACACCCGACUCUGCAGCUCUCUCUGCUUUGUCUUUGGAUUCACUUGUUGCCCCAGAUACACCUAUUCAGUUUGACAUCAUCUCCCCUGUUAGCGAGGAGUAUGCAGGACAAGGAAAGGCGCAGGGACAGACAGGCAGAAGGACAAACCCAUUUGGUGAAUCUGGAGUCAACAAAUCUGAAGAUAGCGAAGGCUCCAUUCUUCACCAACUUUACAUUGUCCGAUUCCUGGGCUCAAUGGAGGUCCGAUCUCAUGACAGUGUCGAUGUUAUCUAUGAAACAAUGAGGCAAAUCCUAGCGGCUCGUGCCAUCCACAACAUCUUCCGAAUGACGGAGUCGCACCUCCUGGUCACAUGUGACUGCUUGAAGCUGAUUGAUCCACAGACACAGGUCACACGACUAAGGUUUCCUCUACAAAAUGUAGUCUUGUGUACAACGCACCAAGAAAACAAGAGGCUUUUUGGCUUUGUGUUGCGGGUGGCUGGAAGUGGAAAUGAUGGGCGGCCGAUCUCCGUGUGCUACGUGUUUGAAUCUAACAACGAGGGUGAGAAGAUGUGUGACAGUGUUGGACUUGCAAAACAAAUUGCUUUUCAUUCAGAAAUGGAUCGCAGAGAACUGGAGAAGCAGAAAGAAAAAGACAAAGAGAAAGAGAGACAGCAGGAGGAACUAAGCAAACAAAAGCAGAUUGAGAAGGACCUUGAAGAGCAAAGCCGUUUGAUUGCGGCAUCCACUCGUCCAAACCAAACAGGCGGUGAUGGGCAAGUCUUAGUUCUUGGCAGUAGCCAGUCAGAAGACAGCGAUGCCGGAGAUGAAAGCAAAAAAAAGGGAGAAUCCGAAGCAUGAAUUUCAAUAACGGGAAAAAGAAAAAUAACACAAACUGUAAGGCAUGAGAGCCUACCUGUAUAAACGGUUAAAGAGACACUGUAAAGCUCUUUACUUUAUAUAUUUAUACAAGAUUUUAUUAUAUAUGUGACUUUGGAAUAAUUGAAACACAUUUGUGCUAUUUGCCUCCGCCUAAAAAUGUUCUCCCAUUACAUCCUCAAGACGUAUCGGUCUGCGUCCAAAGAGUCUGAAGUCUAGUCAUGUUCAGUUUGCAACCUUUUAAGUUGCGGGUUUAUAAGACACUAAAAAAUAAUGAACUAACAUCCCAGGACACUUUCUGGAGUGACGGCUGUGGGGUUCAGUAGAGCUUGAUAAAUUGAAUUGAUUUAUGUGAUGGAAUCGGGAGGAUGCUGGGAAAAACGCUCUUCAGUCUUUGUAUUGGGAUCGGUAACAAUCGGUAUGCCUCACUUGCACUGAGAAAUCGUUUGAUGUCGCCAACAGUGGGGGAAAAAUAAUUUUUAUAUCCAUCUUUCAGCCUGGUUGGUUUCUAGGCAUCAUGGUUUCUCUUCCAUCUUAGAGCAUAUUUAAAAAUUAUUCUGGCUUUUCAAAGAAGUUUAAGUGAGGCCUGUUUUUGACGUUCUCAGGAGAUGAGGUAGUGAUGGGUUUUAGGAACUGCCAGUGAUGAUAAAGGUGGUCUUCAGAGUGUAUUCAGUAUUAUUAGUGAAGGACCACUGCAGGUUUUAUGAGAGAAAUUGUAAGGACCUAUAUAUGUUAUGGAAGUUCCAUUUGUAAUGAAGUAUUGUAUCAGUGUAUUAAAGGAUCAUCCUCUUCAACUAAGGUUUAAAAAACGCCAGGUUUUUAAAAUCAAAAUCGAAACUUAAGUUGUUACACUUCGGCCUUUUGCAUAGUCCUCCCCAUAAUUUGAUGCUCCUUGGUUUUGCGGUGCGUUUUGCCGGUGAUUUUGAGCAUUUUCACAUAACAUUCCUGAUAGUGAUAGUCACCCUAUCAGGUGCUUUGGGACCACCGCCUUACUUUAAGUAAUUCUUUGAUUUAACUCUCACCAUGGAGAGUCCAGGCCUUAUCCUUGAAUAUACUGUAUGUGUGUAGCACUUCAAUAAAAUUGUAUCCUUACGCUUCACCGUGUAACGGGCAACAGACCGCCUGCACAUCAUGGUUGCUGUACAAUAAUGAGCUCUUCAGGUUGACUCAUUGUUGUCUGCAGGGACCGCCUGAAAAUCUUGACUUCAUACAGGUCGUCCUUCAUCUUUGGAAGGAUAAUUUGCCAGCAGCCUCGUAGCACUUUUAGUCUUUCCACUGAACGACUACUAGGGCUUGACUUGUGAAGCCUUGCUGCAGUAGGCCUGUCUGUAAUUCUGUAUGCGCCUCUGUCAAAACCUCCUCGUAAUACGAUGUGCAAGUUGUUUAGCAUCUAAAAGACGACGAGCUUUACAGGAAUCAAAUGUUGUUGUCUUCCAUAUCUGCGAAUUCUGAAGUCAGGCACUGAAGCAUUUGGCAUCCGUGAUAGACGAGUUGCAGAGCAGAGCGAACAACACACACUCCUCACCAGCUGGGUUGGGUUAGGGUUACUUAAAGUUUACACCCUAGCAGACUUUAUGUAGCGCUGCCAUCAUUUGGCUCUUCACCGAGUGGCAUGAAAGUUCAUUGGUCUUUAUUGCGUCUCCUGAGCUGCCAGGGUCCAUCGUAGCAUCGUUGAGUCUUUUCAGACCAUGAACAGGUUUGUUCGUGUUAACCACUUCUGGCUGUAAUAAGCUGGACAUUUUAUAAAUAUCUGGUUGAACUCAGCCGUGCCCAUGCUCUUUAUUUCCUAUUGCUACACAUGUUAUGUUGGACCUUCAGCGUUUGUUCAUUAUUGUUCUUUGAUCCUCUGUAUGAUGUAACGAAAUCAGAUUUUCUUUCCUGACAUUAGGGUUUCUUCCCUCACAUAAAGAAUUAUUAAUACCUGCCCUCCUUACCCCCUUGUGUCACCAUUUGUGGAGGAGCGCCAGUGCCCGGUAAGUCUGAUUACCCAGUUGCACUUGUCCUGAAUUAGUUUGCUUCACUGAAUGGCUUUGUUCAGAAUUAUGGGCUAGGAGUUUGAGAUAUUAUAUAUGUGAUGGAUGAUCUGUAUCCUAGGGAUAUUCAGCAGUAUGAUUAGGAGGUUUCUUUAUUGAUUGAUUUAAUAAUGUACAUUUACUAAAAUUUAAAAAAUAUGUAAACGGGUAGCAGGUCGAUAUUAACAUUAAUUUUAAUGACGGAGAGGUGCUGGUGUAACUAAUGGUGAUAAUAAUAAUGUUUAUGUAAUGAGUAAGGAGUUGGGGGAUGCUUGUCAUUUUAGCAGGCUGCUGUUUGACUAAUAAGAAUUUCAAGCAUUACUGUAAUAAUAUUGUAUUCAACUUUAUAAUCUAAUGUAUCCAUUUUCCAGUAAUAAACUGGCAUCAAGAAUGUUGUUGUGCAGUCGGGCUGUGAAUGAUUGGUCAUUCCACUAGUGUCCUCAAUAGGGUAAUGCUGGUUUUGCGAAUGGGUGGUUAUGGGGGACAGGAGGUGAUGUACAUGUACAGCAUGACAAAUGCCUUCUGUUUUGUGUUAAAUAUGAAAACCUCCACUCUGUCUCUACUCCAUCUUCAUCGUUUUCAUGAGAAGAAUCUGUCAUGUUAACAUUCCCGUUGCUUUACUAAUGUGAAGUAUCAGGAAAAAAUAUAAAACGAGUUGUGAUUUGUGUUGGUGAUGGGCAAUGCAGACAUGCCGUUUAUGGCAGCCCGAGACCAGGGAGUGGGUGGGUUUCGCUUGGUCCUCCUUUUAACUUUCUGGGAAUCUUCAGUCUUGUGAGAAGCAACAGUAAAAGACCCGAUGUCCUCGUUCGUGACCAGUGCCUGCCUGCACUUGUGCAUCAGUACGUGUUGCACUUUGUGUUCUUGUUGACUUGGACCAGAAUGAUAAUGAAUAUGAAGGUGGGUGCUUUCUAUUGUGAUGUAUUGUAAAGCAGUGGACAAUUUAAGGAAAUUUUGCGUAUCUAAAAUAAUAAAACCUUACACAAGU